CUUCCUGUUUUGUAACGAAAAUGUGCUGGUUACCAAACGUCUCCCAGCAUACCCAACAUCGAACAAACGGAAUUGUGUUCGGGGCUAUAUAAGGUUUUGGGUCAUGGCUCAUACGUGUGUUCACUGGUUCCGCAAGGGCCUCCGUCUGCAUGACAACCCAGCCCUGAUGGCUGCUCUGAGGGACUGUAAGGAGCUGUAUCCCGUGUUCAUUGUGGACCCUCACCUCCACAACAACACCUGUGUGGGCAUCAACCGCUGGAGGUUUCUCGUCGGAGCCCUCAAAGACCUGGACUGCAGCCUCAGGAGACUCAACUCCAGGCUGUUUGUUGUGAGGGGGAAGCCCGAGGAAGUGUUCCCCGAGCUGUUUGACAGGUGGAAGGUAACAAAGUUGACCUACGAGUACGACACCGAGCCCUACAGCCUGAGCCGGGACAAAGCGGUGGCCACGCUGGCCAAAGAACACGGAGUCGAAGUCAUCUACAAAAUCUCGCACACUCUUUAUGAUACAGAAAGGAUAAUUGAGGAAAACAGUGGCAAGGCUCCGCUUACUUAUAACCGAAUGCAGGCAAUAGUGAAGACUCUUGGUCCUCCUAAGAGACCCAUCCCUGCACCGACCAUAGAAGAUCUGCCAGAUGCAAUGACGCCAUGUUCAGAAACCCAUGAGACGAAUUACGGGAUUCCCACUCUGGAAGAACUCAGCCAGGACACAGCAGCUCUCGGAGGGGAGAAGUUCCCAGGAGGAGAACAGGAGGCCCUGAGGAGAUUAGAUGAGCAUAUGAAGAGAACGGGAUGGGUUUGCGGCUUUGAGAAGCCACAGACUUCUCCAAACUCUCUGAGCCCGAGCACCACUGUCCUCAGUCCGUACGUCACGUUUGGCUGCCUGUCUGCACGCACCUUCUGGUGGAGGCUGGCGGAUGUCUAUCAGGGGAAGAAGCACUCCAAUCCUCCGGUCUCCCUGCAUGGUCAGCUACUGUGGAGAGAGUUUUUCUACACAGCUAGUGUAGGUAUCGACAAUUUCAACAAGAUGGAGGGCAACCCUGUAUGUACCCAGGUGGAUUGGGACACAAACCCUGAAUAUUUGGCUGCAUGGAGAGAGGCUCGGACUGGUUUCCCCUUCAUCGAUGCCAUCAUGACUCAGCUGAGGCAGGAGGGUUGGAUCCACCACCUGGCCAGACAUGCUGUGGCUUGUUUUCUCACCAGAGGAGACCUGUGGAUCAGCUGGGAAGAAGGGCAGAAGGUGUUUGAGGAGCUUUUACUGGAUGGCGACUGGGCUCUGAAUGCCGGAAACUGGCAAUGGCUCUCAGCAAGUGCCUUCUUCCACCAGUACUUCAGGGUCUACUCCCCUGUUGCAUUCGGCAAGAAGACGGACAAAAAUGGAGACUAUAUCAAAAAGUACCUUCCUCUUCUGAAGAAGUUCCCGGCCGAGUAUAUCUAUGAGCCUUGGAAAGCGCCGCGCAGUGUUCAGCAGGCAGCAGGAUGCAUUGUGGGUAAAGACUAUCCGCAGCCCAUUGUAAAGCAUGAAGUGAUCAGCAAGAAGAACAUCCAGAGGAUGAAGUUGGCUUAUGCUAAGAGAUCGGGAGACCCCGCCGAAUCACCCAUCAAAAAACAAGGCAUAAAGCGCAAGGCUCCAUCUGUUGUUGACAUGCUGAAGAAAAAAGACAGAAGAAAGUAACUGUACACUUCUAAAGGUUUUGUGUAAUAUAUGGCUUUUCAUUAAAAAUCAAUUUGAUGCUUUCGUACAUUUAUGUGUCCAGGCAGCUUACUAUGUCUUUCUUUUUACACUCUAAUAAGGUUACCUUUUUAUAUAUUUACUACAGUUUUUAUAUUCUAUUUAUAUCAAUGUUUAAAAGUGAGUGUUAGUCUUGUAGAAUGUUUCAUGCAUGGAGUUAAAGUUCAAAUGUAUUAGAGUUUUUAUAGAGCUGUGGUAGGUACUGCUUCUCAUGUGACUUUUUAUUUUAAAUUUUAUUAUAACAUGCAUCACAGUUCCACGCUAGAGAUUCUCCUUGUAUGACUGCUCAGGUGUUAAUAUAUAUUAUUCAGAAUUGGUCAACGUCUAUGGCUCGAUGUCUAUCAUUCUGCAUUAUAGUGAGCAGCAAAUGGAGCCACUCAAUCCAAGUUUGUUCUUCUGUGGUACUUUGGAGUUCUUACUAAUACCACUAGAGGACACUGUCAGCCCACCUGCUGAAAAAUCACUUUUCUGUGCAGUAUUACUGGAGAUCAUUCAUUGGCGGACUUGGUCAACUUUAAAGAGGUGUAUAAUAAUAUUUAUGAAGGUAUUUGUCAGUAGACUGUAAAACGAAAAACAAAGUAUGCAGUUGGAACAUGUAUUGCUGAAGACAUUCAGCAGCUGUGGUCCAAUCUGAGCAACAGAGACCUUAUACUUUGUGCAAAAAAGGAACGCUUAGAUUGCAACACUGUCAAACUGAUAUUUUUCAUAAUUUAUAUUAUUAAGCGUGUGUGUGUGCAUGUAUCCCUACACAAUAUGUGAUGGAAUUCAAUUGAAAACAGAUACAUGCAAAAUGUAUCUCAUUCACCAUAAUGCCCACCAAUAUAGGGGUGUGUGUGUGUGU